AUGGACUUCUCACCGAGUCCAGAGAGUGAUACUUCUGGCUACUAUAGAAAUCGCUGCCGACGUGAUGAGCGCGACCGGGGCAAUCGAGGAAGAUCGAAGGAACGUUACCGCAACAAUGGCCGCUAUAGCCGUAGCAGGUCGAGGUCUUACAGCAAGGAACGCUACAGUUAUCCCCGACAACGGAGCGACGAACGCGAUUCUUACCGCGACAUGAACGAACAAGGAUACGAUGAUGGUGGCUGGGACAGAGAUCGGUACCGUGGACGCAGUCGAGAGAGAGAUCGCGAUCGCAGAUCCCGCGAACGUGACCGGUAUCGGGAACGGAGAGAUCGCGAAAAGGGCGGCGGUCGAAGGGGUGGAUAUUCCCCUAGUUCUAAUGACGAAGGGGAAAACUUUGAUAGUGACAACGAACUCUUCUAUCAGCAAAAGCCAAACAACAACAUAAUUAUUCGCGGAUUGGCUCCACAAGUAACCGAAGCAGACAUCAACAGUGAUCUCAUCCAGUGCGGUUUGCAGGCCUUACACGUUCGUCUGAUCCGGAAGAGAAAAACAGGUGAAUCGAGGGGGUUCGCAUUUGUCGAGUUUCGCACAGAAGAGGAAGCAACUCGGUGGAUAUGUUACAAACAGGGUGUGUUGGUAUUCAACGGGCAACAUGCUGUUAUGCAGUAUACCUUUUCCAUGCCAACGAAAUACCAGACGGAUUGGUAUUGCGCUAAGUGCUACGCGUUUAACUUCCGAAGAAGGGAAAAUUGCUUUAAAUGCCACGCGUCACGAGAGGACAGCGAGAUCGGUGUCGACGGCAGUGAUGAGAUGAGCAACAUUCUCACGAAAAAGAUCAUGUUACGCAAUCUGGAUGUCCUUACGAACGAGGAGAGUGUCUUGAGCGUGAUGCAGAAGAAGCUCCCCGUGGAGCUUGUACCUAAAAUUGGGAAGGUGGUCAUUUGCCGCGAUCCGUUGACGUCAAUAUCGCGCGGCAUGUGCUAUUUGCACUUUGAAAAUUUGGUCGAUUCGAUGAACAUACACAACGCGCUAAAAGAUCUGGAUCCACCCCUUAGGAUCGACAAUCGAGAGGUUAUAAUAUCGUACUGCAUGGAUACGGAGAACAGAAGUUUAGUAAAGCCGCAUCCGGGUCACCAGGGUCGAAAUAAUUACCAGGACACCACUUCCCAAACAUCGGGCGGAUCUGCUGGUGGUUCCUCAAUUCAACCUGCCUCAAACUCCUCGAACAUGGCGACUUUGGCUGAUAACUACACACUUGCCGAUGUGCCCCGACUCGCGGAGUACAGUGCAUCAAUGUACGCGUCUAACUCAGCCGAGCAUGAGCAUUACCUGCAGUACUAUACCGAAUACUACACGAAUCAAUUGUCGACCGCCAGACAAGGUGGCGGACAAAUGGCCGGACCGCGAAAUGCUGCCGGUUUAGGUGAAACGGCUAACAAUGGUGCCGCCGUUGCGCAGUCGGCGAUAGCGCGCAAACAGCAAGCAGGCCCUGGUGGCGGGAAAAGCGAGAAAAAUGAUGUGUACGGACCUAUGGUAGGUCCUUCGCCUGCCCCCGUGCAACCUGGCCCACAGCUACCUAUUCCUAACGGGUUGGAUGGCCGAAAGUAUCCUACGCCCGAUACCUCACAGUAUCAGUACGAUGAAACGUCUGGCUUUUACUACGACCCUUCCACCGGGCUCUAUUAUGAUGCUAAUUCACAGUACUACUAUAAUAGCGAAUCCAGCUCCUACCUGUACUGGGAUCCUGAAAAUCAAACAUACGUUGCUGCAUCCGCUUCAUCGGGCUCCAACAACGAGGGCUCAUCAAAGCGUUCGGAAAGUAGUGCCUCCCAGCAGCAGCAGCAGCAAGCCGAUAUUGCUGACAAAGCGGAGAAAUCCAAAGCUAAAGAUCAAGCUCCUCCGCAGGACAAGGUGAAGGUGGCGAAAAAGAUCGUAAAAGACAUGGAGAAAUGGGCGAAGCAGUUGAACCAAAAGAAAGACUACAGCGUUGUGCAACCACCAGCUAGGGUGGAGGAAGCCACCUUAUACUCCUCGCUUGGUCCCUCCAAGCCUCUGCCGGAGCCUCUUGUUGGCGUUGGUGUACCCGGGCUCGCAAGUGGAGGCUAUGCGGAUGUAGGAUUUUCGCUGCUUGAGAAGAAGGACCGUGGUGGAGCUGCUACAACAAUGGUUGCUAGCAAUAGUCUUGGAAGCGCCGCUUCGAAUUCAUCAGCCCCUUACCUUGCGAGUACAGCGACCAAAGCGGGCGGAAACAAUACUUCUACGUACGGUGGCUCCGAUUCUGAAAACGAUGUUGGAGAUGAGAGUGGUCCCGCCGACCGGGACUUGGUCGAUUUUGAAAAGUUAACCUGCCUGCUGUGUAAACGUGCAUUCCAAUCCCAGGAGAUUCUAAUGAAGCAUCUCAAGAUGUCCUCGCUGCACAAGGAAAACCUGCAAAAGCUAACUAUGAAUCAGCGCGGAGGAACGAGAGGUGGUGGCGGCGGCGGGAGUAGUGACGGUGGAUCCGGUGGUCCCAACAGCUUGCAGUACCGCGACCGGGCCAAAGAACGCCGACAAAAGUACGGCGAAGACGAGGCUCCACCGGUUAACAAGAGUAAAGAGCGGUUCCAGCGAGAGAUUGAAAAGCAAACGCACUCGCAGUCGUCCUUCCCGCAAGGAACCGCUUCGGCGGUACCAAUCGGUCAGAACAACAUUGGCAAUAAGCUGUUGCAAAAGAUGGGCUGGUCAGAGGGGCAGGGACUUGGUAGAACUAACCAGGGUCGGGUGAACAUUAUUGAGGCGGAAGCACGAGUAGCAAACGUUGGCUUGGGUAUAAAAGCAAACGCUGCCGCCCAGUAUGGUCGCACGACGGACGAUUACAAAACAUACAUUAAGAAGAUGAUGAAAUCGCGCUACGAACAGGUGGACGUGAAGGAUUGAAGCCUGGUGUCACCGAUACGUUUGCUCUUCUUCAAGCGCUGGCUGUCUUUAAUCUGCUAUUGUAAUUAAAUUCUCUGUAUCCGUUAGCUUAUAAUGGUAACAAUUUAUAUAUUGUUAUUUUAAAAAGUCUACACUAGGUUUAAAGAUGCGCUAAAGUGUAUUUUUACGCUCAUGUCUAUAGAAUCGCAUAUGAAUAUGCAGCUCAGGCUCUAAGUAUCAGAAUCCUUGUUCAAUUCUUCUGUCAGCUUGCACCAUAUGGAGGCUGUCGAUAUGUACAGAAAAAUAAAAUCAGUACAUGUUUGUUUUUUCACGACACAGGGCAAUUCAAUAAUCAAUGUCAAUGAACUGAAAAUCGCAAUAGAACAAUGUGGCAA